AUGUUCCGCUUCCGCAAAACGCUCGACACCGUCACCGUCUUUCACAAGGCCAGCUCGCCUGCCUCGACCCGCGUCGCCAACCUGCUCAAGCAGCUGUCGGCGAACGCCCAGUCAGGGGCCACCAUUGACCAGGCCAGCGAUCACGACAGCCAGAGCAAGGGGACGCGGGACCCGUUUGAGCUCAACAUCACCGAGGACCCGCCCACGGUCGACCAAGUCCAAACGAUUCUCGAAUAUGUCGGCGCCGGCGGCGUUCCGCGCAUCAUCAACGGCGCCCGCGACAACAAGGAUGCGCUGGACAAGUUCAAAAAGAACAAGGAUAGCUUUUUGCGACCCGUGACGGUAGACUGGAACAAUGGUAAGGCCAUUGCUGGGGACAACGAGUCCGAGAUCCUCAGGCUUCUGAAAGCCCAGAAGUGA